AUCAGCUAUAUUCCCUAAUUCAAAUGUGCAUUUUAUGUCGAUUUUUUUGUUGCUCUUUCCCGUUCUUUAUGCAAACUCUCCUUUAGUAUAUCUUGUUACCUGGACCAUGACCCAUAUUUACCCUGUGCUCCAGAGGUUAUGCUGUGACAGAGAGAGAAACAAUGAAAGACUAAAGAAACAAAGAGCCCACGUUGUAGCCUGAGACUGAAAAGAGACGACAACAUGGUGUAAAGCCCUUUGGUUAGAGUUGCUGACUGGGGAUAACCCUUUAAAACGGCCCCUCUCCCCUGUCCUGUCCACUGCUGCCUCGUGCUCUCUGUCCAUCCCCCCCAAACCCUGCCUGUCUUUCUCCAUACACACUGACCCAGCGGCCGGACUGUUUCCAUGCCCUCAAAGACACCUGCUCUCACAAACACAGGGGAGCAGCACAAGCAGCAUCUGACCAGCAGCACGGUGGAACGUCCCUGACCCUUGUGACCAGCAGCGGGUUUCACCUCACUCCACCACAAAGUUGAGACUAGACUUUUAACAGUUUCCACAAAAAAAAGAGACGUGACCGGAAAACACAACCGUCCCCGGCUGACCCACUGCAGCAGCAGCAACACAACCCAUCGGUCGCAUCAUGAUGGAGAGCGAUAGAGAGCUGUCGGCCAUGGUGCAGGAGCUGUGGGACAAUGAUGUCAACCGACUCAAACCAGGAAAAGACUACAGGAUCUCCCUGCAGGGCAAAGCUGGAGACAGCAUGUCCAUAAACGACGACAACGACGGAGCGGGAUAUCCUCUGUUUACGUUUGUUGACGAGAACAUUUUCAAAAAGGAGACCUUUCUGGCCUUUAUUUCCCUGCUGGAUAACUACGUGAGUGACACUGGCGAGCCAGAGAUUGUAACCCCAGAGGAGGUGGCAGAAAACCACAAGUUCCUGGACUCCAUCAUUCAGACUCCCACCAUGAAGAUAGCUCAUAAAUACCUGGUAGAGAAGCACCUCUCUCCUGCGGAUACGACAAAAUUCAAGGAGCAGCUGUACAUGAUCUGGUUUGAACUCUAUGCCAGGAAGGGAUCCAGCAGGCCGGACUCUUCGGGGUUCGAACACGUGUUCGUUGGAGAGACGAGAGGAGGCCGGACUGUAAUUGGCUUUCACAACUGGAUCCAGCUCUACCUGCAGGAGAAGCUGGGACACAUCGAUUACAAAGGCUACAGCGUCACUGCACAUUCCCCCCAGCCUGACGAGAACAAACACAUCCUGGCCCUUCAGUUCAGCUGGAAGAACGGUAUUAAGCCCAAGGGCAGCAUCUUCAUCGGCGUCAGUCCCGAGUUCGAGUUCGCCCUCUACACCCUCUGUUUCCUCACCUCGCCCAAUGAGCGCGUCAAAGUCCAGUUCAGUUUCUACGAUGUGGAGAUCGUUUGCCACCACUACAACCAAAAGCACAUAGGCACCACCUACCCUGUGCUCCUCAAGUACCAGAACCUUUAGUAGCCCGACCUGGAUAUCAAUUUGCAUCACACAAAAAUGUCACAGGUAUUGUUGUUGCCUUUUUAUUUUAGAUAAAGAUACAAUAAAACCUUACAAGACCCA